AUGAUCCAAGAGCCCCUGGGAAGGAGUGGCGUCACAAUGAGGCUGUUCAACAUAAUCGCCGUUGUGCUGGUCGCUCUGUUGCUGCUCUGCAAGUGCGAUGCCCGGCCAACUGAACACAAGAACCACGUCCAAAAGAGGGCCUCGUGGUGCCUGCUGAAGUUGUGCAGCUACCAGCCGACGCCGCACCGGGUGCAGAAGCUGCGA